AUGGCGGCCACUGUUCCCGACAGCUUAAAGUCUGCUGACAUCGCGCGCUUUGUCACUCGCGCCGCGCAAAUCGAGCGCGCAAAGCCCGUGAUUGCAUAUUGGUGCAACUACUGGGUCGUGAACCAGAUCAUAUCCAAGGGCCUUCACAAUGCCAGUGAGGAGUCAAUUGGGUUUACGACGAAUCUGAUGGACAAGCUGGAACGAUUUAAAACCGAAAACUCGGAGAAUGACGCGGUAAUGGAUAAUGUCGCUGGCCAGGCUUAUGUGGAGCAAUUUGGCCUCGAGGUCUUUAGUAGAGCCGAUAACGCAGUUCGCGCCAAUAAGGCUUCAAAACAAACCGCAGACACAUUCCUCGCGGCGGCCACGUUUCUGGAACUCUGUCAGAUAUGGGGCCAAGUCGAUGCCGAAAUCGCAUCCAAGAUUAAAUUUGCCAAAUACCACGCUAUUCGAAUUGCCAAAGCUAUCAAGAACGGGGAGGACCCAAACCUAUCAAAUCCUGGAGAGGAACCUGAGACGGAGGAGGGUGUUGAAGGAGGGCUGGCCCUUAAUCCAGACGACCCCGAAGUCCGCGCUCUUGAAGGCACAUCACUACCUUCCCAACAAAAAGAACGCCAGCCCUCGGUGGAAGAAGUCCCCGAUGACUCGGACCGUAUCCAGCGCAGUCUUGCCCAGCAAUCGAUACUGGACGAAUCCCUUCAUCCAUCACGAUCAUCAUCACUGCCCCCUGCCAAGGCCGCCGAAGACGCUGCACCACCUCCCCCAGAGCUCCCAUCAGCUCCCUCCGACUUGACCCUUCCAUCAACCCCUUCAGUUCUUCCUGAUACACCACAAACUUUCACUGAUCCGUCAGCCGCCUUCCAGUCUUUCCCUCCUCCUGCAGUUGUGCAAAUGUCAAACGCCCCCCCCGAUCCCUCCCAGCAACCUACAAAGCCCGUACUUGCAAAAGCAACACCUCCCGUGACUACUGCUCCAUCUACAAUUCCAUCUCAGCCGUCUGCUUAUGAUAUCAAUGCCGACGACCAGUCAAUCACACAGGCUCAGAAGCACGCCCGAUGGGCCGUGUCUGCUUUGAGUUUCGAUGAUGUGAAUACGGCUAUUAAAGAACUGAAGAUUGCGCUGCGACAUCUGGGGGCUGAAUAG